AUGGUCCUUCCUGCGAGCACAGACAGUGCUAGAGUUCAGGUGCUGCCCCUGCGCUACCUGCCUGUGGGCCAGAGCAUGCCUUGCCCUAUUUCGUGGACAAAUUCACACAAAUGGCUUGGCAUCUCUUGGAAUGACAAUGCUGAUUUUGCCUUCCACGCUCGCAGGGCGUGUGGCAUGUGCAGCGGCACUGUGCAAGCUCUGUGUGGCCUGCUACGUUCCGGGCACAUCCCUCUUGCCGUUGCGUGCAUCAUUUUCGACACGAAGGUAGAAGCUGCCCUCAGGUUUGGCCGCUGGCUCUGGGGCACCCAAAGCGAAGCAGUCGCUGUGCUCUCUGAUGCAUACGCGUCUUGGGCACGGCUACUGCUGGGCACAAGCCGCUGGAGGUCCGCAGAAGUCUGCAGGGCAGAAUUGGGCUGGAAGCUGUGCACACAUGGUAAAGUUGUCAUCGAGGUCGCUUCCGUUAGGCACUCGUUGUGGUUGCAGAAUCAAGACACUCUUGCAGGGGCGUGUUUCUCAGCUGCUCAUUUGCUUGAGUCCAUUAAUUGGGCAAAGACCUCCCUCAUACUUUUGGAGGAAUGGACAGUCUUAGACUGGCCGGUGUGGUCCACUUGCAGACGCAGCCAUGGCACGUACUCGGCGUAUGUGAAAGAUGUGGUUUUCCAGGUAUCUCUGGCCAGGUGGAAGAUGCAGGUGGCGAAACACGUGGUGCCUCUCAGGUACCUUUCUGUCGCUCAAGAGCCAUCUUCUCAGGUACAGGAUGCUUUCCGCCUGCAGCUCCCUUGGGGGACCCUGGUGGGGCACCGAGACCUGCUGCUCUUGCGUUGCGGCUUCAUCAUGCUAGGACACCUUGAUUUCAAGCCAUCCAGAGCGUCCGUUCGCCACUGCAUCUUCUGCAACAAGAGGUACACCAGCAUCUAUGCACAUGUGAUCGGCAGAUGUGAGCAAGUUCCGGCACGAAGGCCUUGCAGCAACCUUGAAGAUCUUGCUGUACUGCCCAGUGACCCGCGGUUCGCGGACAUCGUGGCUUUCGCAAGGGCCGUAUGCGAAGGUGCGCGCCAAUUCUGGCGACGGCACGGGCAUCCUGCAGAGGCAUGA